GGGCGGCCCAGCCCGGAGCCAUGUCCGGGGCGGGGCCAGGUGAGCGGCCGCGGGCCUGAGCCCAGGUGCGGCGCGGGCGGCUGCGCGGCAGGGCGUCAGAAGGAGCCCCUGCCCGGGUCCCCAGGAGGUGGCAUCGUGACAGUGUGCCCGCCCCCCUGCCCACCGCAGAGCAUGGCCCGGCUGGACUUGGAGGAGCUGGCCGAGAUAGAGCUGCAGAGAGAUGAGGAGGAGGCAGCCGCGCUGGGCGCAGUGCGAAGACCCUCAGCGGUGGCAACGGCCGACCAGGACCCUGCCCUGAGCUUGAGUCACCCCUUCUACGACGUGGCCAGACACGGCAUCCUGCAGGUGGGAGGGGAGGACCACCUUGGGAGACGCAUCGUCACCUUCAGCUGCUGCCGGAUGCCCCCCUCGCACGAGCUCAACCACAGGCAUCUGCUGGAGUACCUGAGGCACACGCUGGACCAGCACGUGCAGAGCGACUACACCGUCGUCUACUUCCACUUCGGGCUCAGCAGCCAGAACAAGCCGUCGCUGCGCUGGCUGCAGGGCGCCUACCGGGAGUUCGACAGGAAGUACAAGAAGAACCUGAAGGCCCUCUACGUGGUGCACCCCACCAGCUUCAUCAAAGUCCUGUGGACCGUCUUCAAGCCCCUCAUCAGUCACAAGUUUGGGAAAAAAGUCACCUACUUCAACUACCUGAGCGAGCUCCGUGAGCACCUCAGAUGCGACCAGCUGGCCAUCCCCCCGGAAGUCGUGCGCCUCAGAGACAAAAACCAAGGCGAGCUCAUCCCCCCGGUGCUGCGGUUCACAGUGACGUACCUGCGGGAGAAAGGGCUCCGCACCGAGGGCCUGUUCCGGAGGUCGGCCAGCGUCCAGACCGUCCGCGAGGUCCAGCGGCUCUACAACCAAGGGAAGCCCGUGAACUUCGACGACUACGGGGAUGUGCACGUGGCCGCCGCCGUCCUGAAGACCUUCCUGCGGGAGCUGCCCCAGCCGCUGCUGACCGCCACGGCCUACGAGCAGGUCCUCGGGAUCACCAGUGUGGAGAGCAGCCUGCGUGUGACCCGCUGCCGCCAGAUCCUGCGGGGCCUGCCGGACCACAACUACGCGGUCCUCAGCUACCUCAUGGGCUUCCUGCACGAGGUGUCCCAGGAGAGCAUUUUUAACAAGAUGACCAGCUCCAACCUGGCCUGCGUCUUUGGGCUGAAUUUGAUCUGGCCGUCCCAGGGGGCGUCCUCGUUGGGCGCCCUGGUGCCCCUGAACCUGUUCACCGAGCUGCUGAUCGAGUACUACGGGAAGGUCUUCAGCGCCCAGGACGCCCGCGGGGAGCCGGGUGCCGGCCCGGCCGGGACAGGGGAGCAGGGCAAACCCUUCGCCGGAGGCCUCGCUGUGCCCACCAGGCCUCCGGCCCCCGGCAGCCGCCCGGAGACGCCGCUGGUGCUGGAAGUGUCCCGCUGACCUCUGCCCAUCUGUGCAUGCGUGUGUUUUGUAAACUCGCCAUUAAAUGACCUCCCGUGGCAAGGCCUGGUCCUGGUCCCUCAGCCCUGGCCCACGUCCCUCAGCCGUGGGCAGAGAUGUGGUGACAGGUCUGUCAGAACCAUAACUCCUGUGGCCUGUCUGAAGAUGGGCAUUUGUUGGGUGAGGCCUUGUAUCUGGCAGCUGCUGCUGCUGCAAUGCCGCGUAACAAAGCAGCCACCUGAAACCAGCUGUGGGGCCUCUGUCGGUGGGUCAGCUGAGCAGUGCUGGUCUGGUGGGGGCUUUAGCGGCUGCACGGGGCGCGUUUUACAGGAGGCAGACGGGCAAGCACCUCCUUGCUCUGGCUGCUGUCGCACGUGCUCGCAUGCCAUUGGCCCACGCCGGUCUCAUGGCCAAGGCCGGGACCGCAGUGGGAGGGCUCUGCAGAGUGAUUUGGCAAAAGGGGGGGAGGCUGUGGAGAAUUGGGGUGGUAAAGCGGGCGACGUGUUCUGGCCCCGUGGUCCUGGCCGUCCUGUUACAAGGUCAUGAACCCUCUUGAGCUGCUGGAGAAACAUCAGUGUGAGAAGCACAUCGACUGGUCGCCUCCUGCACGCGCCCUGACCAGGGCCCCGCUGGGGAGGAGCCUGCCACCGAGGUACAUGCCCUUGACCGGGAAUCGAACCCAGGACCCUUCUGUCCACCGGCCAACACUCUAUCCACUGAUUCAGACCGGCCAGGGUUCUUUAUUCUAUUUGCAAACACACCCUUGCAGCUCUGACCUCCCGGCACAGGGAGCCCGGACCAGGCCUGAGUGGGGUCCCCAAGAGGGUCGCAGUCUGAGCCGAGAAAAGCCCCCAGUCCCCGCCUCGGCCCCUGGAGGAGCCGCUGGCCUCCGCGCCUGCCCCCAGGAGGGCGUCUUGUACUCACCCCUCUCAGCGCAUUCCAGAAGCAGCCUCAGGGUCCUGUUGCAGGAAAAAAUCCGAGAUAGAAAUGACGGCUCCCUCACGCACUCACCACUGUGAGCCCCGGAAUAACGGCCUUAGAUCAGGCCUCAUGAAUCAUGCAGAAAGGUUCACGGUGCGGAACGAUCGUGAGAAACACGCCUCACGUGCCCUGAUGCCGGAGGGGCCGCGACGCUCCGGUGGCUGCUGUGACCAUGGUCUCCCUCUGGCAGGAUAAGUGGGCUCGUGGCUUCAGCGUGGGGAGGCCUCGUCAGCCUCCGCGGCAUCGAAGCACUAUUUCCCCAGCAUCUCAGCAAAAGAAGGUGGGCGCCGUGUUACUGCUGAAGCCCUAACCCUCUGGUUGUGCAUGUGGCCUCACCUGGAAGUAGGAUGACUACGUUUAAGUGAGGUCAGUGGGUGGACCCUUAUCCGUUACGCCGUGUCCUUAUGAAAAGGGACAUUUGGACGCACAGGCGCCCAGGAAGCACGCUGUGUGCAGAGGGAGGCAGAGGCGGGUGAUGCGUCCAGGCCAGGGCACGUUGGAGAUGGCAGGGCAUGCGGGAGAUCGCAGGGGACGCGGGAGAUGGCAGGGCACGUGGGAGAUGGCAUACGGGAAAUGGCAGGGCAUGCGGGAGAUGGCAGGGCACGUGGGAGGUGGCAGGGCACGCAGGAGGUUACCAGCGAAUGGCACGGAGGGCCAUGGGUGAGAACGCCAGGGAAGAAUCACUGUCUAAGCAAAGGACCAAGGUCACCAGGGGCUGGUCGCCAGCAGUCUGUCCCGGGCUCAGGAGCAGCCCUGCGGGCACCUGGACCUCGGCCUCCGGCCUCCAGGAGAACAUAUUUCUGUUGGGGUCUGUGGUGCCUCGUCACGCUGCCCCCCCCCCCCCCCCACACACACACUACGACAGUGUCCCAGCGGCACAGCCCUCUGGGAAGUGGAGUCCCGUCACCACGGUCAUGUGAGCAGAGGCCACAGAGAGGGUGACCGUCCAACAGCCUGCACCCUCCAUCCCUGAGGGCUUCCAUCCCCAAGGGCCAGGGAGCUAGGACGGCCCUGCUCUCUGGGGCCUGGGGCAGAUGGGGCUGGGAGAGGUGCUGGAGGGCAGCCCCCCUGCCCCCCAGGGCUGUCCGCACACGGGCACAGGACCCCCGGGUGCUGGCUGGGCAGGCGGAGCUGCAGGAGGCAGAUGUCUGCUCACUCUGGGUCCCUUUCAUGGCAGAGCUGUCCCAGGGAGGAGGAGGGGGCAGUGAGGGUGCGUCUUUGGAGGGGGUUCCCGUCCUGGUCAGGGGCUGGGGAUGGCACCAGCGCCCAGACCCCUGCCCUCGCGGUAGGAGUGGGCUGUGCUGGAACCCGGGGCUGGGGGAUGAGGACGAGGCACAGUCCGGGCUCAGGCGCCACACUGCAGUCUUCGCUCUCCAACCUCAGCUCUGUCCUCUCACCCCGGCUUUGCCAGGCCAGGUGGGCUAGCAGGGGGCUCCCAGGGGACCCCUGAGCCAGGGCAGAGGCAGCCCCAAGGCCAGCAGCUCCGUCCCAUGAUGAAAGCAGUGGAAUUCACAGUGGAGGACCAGGCUGGAGGCAGGAGCCGGGAGCCAGCAGCUCAGGCAGAACGCCGGAGGCAGGGGGAGGCCAGCCAAGGCGUUCAGAGGGUAGGCCGAGGCGCGGACCUGGGGCCUGCACCGCCCCACGUUCAGGCAGAAGUCAGAGCCGUCACACUGUGUGACCCUGGGCCCACCGGAAACAGGAUGGCUUGUAGCUGACCCCUGCUGGGUGGGCUGUGCAGCCCUGUGCCCCCCUCCUUCCCUCAGACCCCCAGGCCUCCAGCGGGCAGUCACUUUGCGUUGGACCCCCUGCUCUGGCCACAGCUGGACGCACAGGGGUGGCAGGCCUGGCCAAGCAGGGAGCCCGGUGCAGGGGUCUGGCUCCCGUUUGGCUGCUCUCGAGGCCACUGGUUAAGCCCCAGGUGGUUGUGGGGCCUUGGGUGCCCCGCUGCCCGGGAAGCAGCAAAGGCGGGUGAUGGCGAUCAGUGUGGCCAGCACCGCCCCCUGGUGCCUGGCCUGCUGCUUGUUACUGGCAACCAUCGAGUCUGGCCCCAGCAGGUGCACCUGCCACCUCCUGGGGAGGGGUCAGCCCGUAGAGGGCGCCCUGAGCUCCCCUCCUCCCACCCUCCCCAGGGCCCACCUCCGGCCCCUGUGCUCCCAGGGCCUCUGGGCUGAGGCUGCAAACACAAACCACAGGGCUCUGCGAUCAU